UCUUGUAUUAGUUCUGACGCGAACAGUUCACGCUUCAGCUCCCUGAUCGUUUCGAGAAUGGUGUAGUCGAAAAGAUUUAUUUUUUAUUUAAUUUUUUUAAUAAAAGCGACACAACUUAGUGGGACGGGUGUGUGUCACUGUCCACGAAACAAAGUUUGACAAGGAGUAGCUCUGAAAAGGGUCUGCUAAUUAUAAUACCGAACUGAACCGCCCCCAUACUGCUCGGUGAACACUGAACAACAUUCAGUUAACAGGAAGAGAUAGGAAGCACAUUGCUAGUUAGCUUGAAGUAAAGCCUAAUAUUACCUCCCAAGGCAAAUUUGUAUGGAUCAGAAAAUAGCCAGGACAUGAUUUUGAAGCCGAUGUACAUGAUUAAGCUGUCAGAUUUCUUGGAUUUAAGUUGAAAACCACAGCUAUACUGUUAUGCUAGCUGUCUGAGUUGGACUGAAGUGGCCUCGGUGCCGAAUCCUGCAGUUUUUCUCACUUCUGUUAUGGUGGAAAUAAGCUGUCUGUCACUCUGAGGUGAGGGUCUCUACAUACAGAGCUCGUGAUGAAAGCUCUCGGCUCGCGCUUCGCGUUCUACGUGGGCUUUGUGGUGGGCACGUGCACCCUGUACGUGCUCCUGCGUCAGGUUAGGUUCACUCGGAACGUGGGGUCUGUUGAGCCCGAGGCCCACGAGAAAAGCCUGCUGGAGAUGAUUGAAGAAGAAAACAAGAACUGGAAGAAGGAGAGGUCGGCUCUCUUCAACCUCAAUCAUCCUCACCAUACAGGUGAGGAUGGCACUCUGGCUGACGCUCUCUAUAAGAGCGUACGCAUUUUGUGUUGGGUCAUGACUGGGCCUAAUAACCUUGAGAAGAAAGCUCGGCACGUGAAAGCCACAUGGAGUCGCCACUGUAACAUUGUGGUCUUCAUAAGCUCUGUGGACGACCCUGAUUUUCCCACGGUUGGCCUAAACACCAAGGAAGGUCGGGAUCAGCUGUACUGGAAAACCAUUCGUGCUUUCCACUAUGUCAUGGAAAAGCACGGGGACGAGGCAGACUGGUUCCUCAAAGCGGAUGACGACACUUACGUGGUCGUCGACAACCUGCGCUGGAUUCUGGCCAACCACUCUCCAGAGGACCCACUGUAUUUUGGCCGGCGGUUUAAGCCGUACGUAAAACAGGGCUACAUGAGUGGCGGCGCUGGUUACGUGCUUAGCAAAGAGGCUCUGAGGAGGUUUGUGGAGGGCUUUCGCACCAAAGUGUGCACACACACUAGCUCAGUGGAGGACCUAGCUCUGGGUCAGUGUAUGGAGAAGAUAGGCGUUGUGGCAGGAGACUCCAGAGACACCUUAGAAAGAGAGACAUUCCAUCCUUUCGUACCAGAGUCCCAUCUCACUGGUACAUUUCCUAAGACCUUCUGGUAUUGGAACUACUGUUAUUACCCCAUUGUGCAGGGCCCACAAUGUUGCUCAGACCUGGCUGUUUCUUUCCACUAUGUGGAUGCGUCACACAUGUACCUGCUGGAAUACUACACUUACCACUUGCGUGCCUUUGGCUACAAAUACCGCUAUCAGCCCCCUAAGCCCAGUGUGAUACAAGAUUUAAAUGCUCCAGCGCCAGACAAAGUGGAAAUCGGAGACAUAGAGGAAAAGCUGGGGGCAGAAGAACAGGAAGGAGAAAAGAAAUCCCAUGAACAUAAUGAAAAGUUAAAGCAGAUUUCUGCGUAGGAAUUUUUACAAGUAACAUUUAAAAUCUUCUUCCAAAAGAACUGGUUUUGGGAUGGCUUUAUGUUUUUUGGAUAAUGUCUUAAAAUAUCUUCUAUAUUGUGCCACAAAAAUGUGUGCAUGACAAGUUUGCGUGAUUUAAUGAACUGGUACAGUUGGGAGUGUGGUCCUCUCAAUAAUGCAAUUGUAUGUGAAUGUUUAAAUAUGACAGUGUGGAAUUGUAUGACAUGAAGGUUUAGACUUGUAGAGUGAGUAUGUGGUUCUUGGGGUUUGAGUGUAGGACCCUGCCUUAAUAAUAUAAUUGGGUAAUAUUUUGUGGCCAGAAGCAAGGAUGCCUCUAUAUUCAUUAUACUUUGCAUUCAUUUCUAAUUUUUUUUCUUUAUAUAAAAAUAUGAGUCAUCAUAACCGCCAUGUAUGAUUUAACAGCAAUGCCAUAAGAAAAAGGGGCCCUGAUUUUACUUCCAUUUGCUCAUUCCCUUCAAUUAGUGCCUGUUCUCUGAUCCAGAAAAAUCAAGCAUUUCCAUAUGUCUCUGGACCACGUUUGUCUUGAGUUUAGGCAAUAUUCAAACAGAGCAGCUUAUAGAUUUUAUAGCUUGCAAACAAAUUCAGCAAACAUUCAAGCUCCAGCUGUGUUUUCUCUACUCCGUCUAUAAUACCUUGGCCAAAGUUGAACGUGCACAAUUUACUUUGACUAAGAUUACAUCGACAUAAAAAAAUUCACCAGGAUGUAGUCCUUUAACAACUGAUACCAAAACAGCAUAUUACCAUUCUCUGAAAGUUAAUAGUUCACCCAAAAAUGAAAAUUGUCAUCAUUUACUCUUUCCAAAGUUGCUACAAACCUAUAUGAGUUUCUAUGAGAAGAUAUUACGAAGAAUGUAGGUAUCCAUACAGUUUCUAGUAGCCAUUUACUUAUAUAGUAUGGAAAAAAAAAAUACUAUUGAGGUCAACGACUACCGGCAAUUGUUUUGUUCUUCAAAAUAUCUUCCUUUGUGUUCAGCAGAAGAAAGAAGUUCAUACUGGUUUGGAACAACACAACAGUUUUUGGGUGAACUACCCCUUUAGGAAGGUUACAAGAAUAAAAAAAAGAUUCUGUUGGCUGGCCCAAUAGUUCAUGAGUGCUCGGAAAGAAGUAAAGGUAGCAAGGUAGAAAAGGCGAUGUAAGUAUACACAGUUUUUUCUCCAUGCUAAUGGGAAUUGUAGUCUUAUAGAUGAAUGGUAUAGUGUAACACGCUCUGAAGCAAUGCAGCUUGUGAGUUAUUGGAACUGACCACAUAAUGCUUUAUUUAAUUGUUUUCAUUGAGUGUGACUGUGGAGGUUGCUAGUGUUGUAACUCCUACAGCAGUCUGUGCGUGAGAUUAGAGGUGCUGAUUUUGAAGUUGAUGUAGCCGCUUGUCCAGGAUGGUGAAAUUGAUUCAGUUUCUUGUGGUGUGUGCUUUAUGUCUCAAUUACUCAAUUAUUUGUGUGUAUUUGCUGUACUUAAAGGGAUAGCGCACUCAAAAAUGAAAACUCUGUUAUCAUUUACUCACCCUCGUGUCAUUCAGACACUGACUAUAUUUCUUUUGAGAAACAAAUAAAGAUAUAUGUAUUCUUUUUUUCAUGAUUGAACUCUAUUAUAUAAAAAAUACAUCCUUCACAUACGCGUUGUAAAACAUGAGGCUGAGUAAAUAACAGAAUUUUCGGUUUUGGUUGAACUGUCCCUUUAAAUGUGCUGGUGUUGGCAAGUUUUCUUAAAGGACCCUUUUAAAAUAAUGCACACUAUAUGUGUAUCAUUCAAAUUCACACUUUUUUUUUUUUUUUUUAAUUUUCUUAUUCCAGUAUGUUAGGAUUUGAGAUAAUGCUGAGAGUUAAAUCAGAGGCAGCAGUGCUCAAACUCUCAGCAGUCCAUCAGAGAAUCUACUUUCUGGCACUUGCAAAUAUUUUGACUGUGUGCUAUAUAAAAUGACACCACAAUUAUGAAGGAAUUCAAAUAAAGUUUAUUUGAUUGAAUAAACUUAUUUGAACUGGAAAUGAGUUUAUUUUAAUACCAACCACUUUUGUCCUUUGACCACUCCAAGCACAAAGUCACUUUUGAUUUUGUCAUAGAACUGAAUGAUUUUUGAAGUGAAUACAAAUACAAACAGAUUUACAGUUUAUAUGUUAUUGGUAAAAUUAUCCUAAUUUUAGUUCCUAAUCAAAUUCUGUGUACACCUUGAAAUUGUUAAUGGAAUGAUUAUGGUUUUGACUAAACAUGAUUGCUUUGCUUAUCAAUGAGUAUUCAGAAAUACAUGGUGUGAAUUAUGCUAGGGAAAUCUCUGUGAAAGUGCCAGAGUAAUGGAAAUGUUUGCAGUAUUCUGUACUUGUCUGUUGAUUCAAAGAGGAAAAGCACUCUUGAGUUUGCGCCAUCCACUUUAAGUAUGAUCUAAUAGUUGUUUUUUUGGGGUAAAUUUCCAUUUUUUCAAAGAGAAGUUAGCUAUGAAAUGUCUGAGCGUGCUCAUACUUUCCUAGUAUGCUGAUGAUCUUCCUUAGGAAAGCUCUAGCUAAAAUUCCUUUGUAAACAUUCCCUUUACAGAGUUUACUUUGUAAGUUGACUUAAGUUUGCAUAUUUCCUAUCCUCAACAGAGAUAAAGACAUGCAAAUCUUACGAUGAGUACAGUUCUCUUUGGAGACGUUGCAUUGAUUGAGCAAAGUGUUUUGCCAAAUUGCGUUGACUAAGAAGGCCCAUAGAAAUUUUCUUCUGCACUCUUGGAGAUUUGUAGUGGAUUAACUCAACUUGUCAGAAAUGAAGCAGAACCAUUCAUAGUGUGAACAUCAAAACCAGCCCUGCAUUCCUGAAUUCAUGCAUUUCAUGCCCUUGUCUUUAAUCCAAAGGUAUAUGUGUUCCUUUCUUAUUCUCUUUUGUCGGUAGGGUCUUUUAUGUAGAAAGGGAAUCCUUUAUAGUACUUCCACAGCAAUCUUUUAUUUAUAAAAGAGUGUGUCAGGCAAAUGUGUGACAAGAAUUAUUGAAUGAGGAAAUAAUAACCAGCAUAUUAAAUAAAGACUUAUUUUACAUUAAA